GCUAUAGGAGGGACUUUGUUCCCCUUGGAUUUUGUUAUUCUUGGUAACAGACUGUUUAUCCUCCCAUUCUCUUUUCUUCCCUCUUUUUCCCUCACCCAGAGAGUUUUCAACGUCCUUUAUCCCAUGCCUGCUGACCAGCGGAGACAUGUCAGCAUCAAUUCUGCCCGGUGGCUGCCCGAGCCAGGGCUCGGCCUGGCCUAUGGUACCAACAAAGGAGACCUGGUGAUCUGCCGACCAGAGGCCUUAAACUCUGGUGUUGAGUACUACUGGGACCAGCUGAAUGAGACUGUCUUCACUGUUCACUCCAGCAGCCGAAGCAGUGAGAGGCCUGGCACCAGCAGAGCCACAUGGAGGACAGACAGAGACAUGGGCCUGAUGAAUGCAAUUGGGCUGCAGCCCCGGAACCCCACCACCUCAGUGACAUCUCAGGGCACCCAGACUCUGGCCCUUCAGCUGCAGAAUGCCGAAACACAGACAGAGAGGGAGAUCCAGGAGCCGGGGACAGCAGCUUCGGGUCCUGGUGAAGGUGAGGGCUCGGAGUAUGGUGCCAGCGGGGAAGACGCUCUUAGCAGGAUCCAGCGGCUGAUGGCAGAAGGGGGCAUGACAGCUGUGGUGCAGCGGGAGCAGAGCACCACCAUGGCCUCCAUGGGUGGUUUUGGCAACAACAUCAUCGUCAGCCACCGUAUUCACCGCAGCUCCCAGACGGGCACCGAGCCUGGGGUCGCACGCGGCCCCUCGCCCCAGCCCUCCACCUCUCGAGGACUGCUCCCGGAAGCUGGGCAGCUGGCAGAGCGAGGCCUGAGCCCCCGGACAGCCUCCUGGGACCGGCCUGGUACCCCUGCGCGGGACCCACCCCAGGCAGCCCUGCCCACCUCCUCCCCCAUCCCCUUUCCCAGCACUGAGGGACCAGCCCUGCACUGCGACCUCACCAAUAACAACCACCUUCCCGAUGGCGGGGGCAGCAGCCUGGGGGAGGCUGCGGGCCCCAGUGGGGAGCCACGGAACAGGUAGAGACGUGUGUGCACUGGUGCCUCCCCUCGAACCGCUGAGCAGAAACCGGACCUCACAGCUGACUGGGAACUGUAUGCGCAGAAGAGCCACGGGCUGCAUCAGGAAACAGGAGCGAGAGGGUGGGGGGUCGAGAGGGAGUCCAAGUCAGCCAGUGUGAGGCAGUCAAAGGGGCAAGGCUUGCUUCCGGGGACUAGAACCUUCCAGGAUCUGGAGCCCAGGGGAGCCACAGACUGCUGUGCUCAGUGUGAAUGGAGGAGGAAGUGGGUAUCCCUGCCAUGAACCCCCCUUUCUCCUGGAAACAAGGCUCAAGGGACUCGGCCCUGGGCAGAGAGCCCUCAGAAGGGUGAAUAGUCUUCCAGAUCUGGGCCAAACCAUCCUGGACGGUGGCCAGUGGGCCAGCUUCUCCCUGUUCACCUGUUGUGCGGGCAGAGCCACUAGGAGCCCUAGUGCAGGAGGAGCAGCCUGGCUCCCAGAAACCAGCUCCAUCUCUGAGCCUUCCAGAGCUUCAGCCUCUCUUGAUCAUCUUACCCCACAGAGACCACAGUCAGGGGUCAGGCCAGGCCUCCGGAUUCCUGAGGACAGGGACUUCCUGCACUUACUGGUGGGGAACAACCAUGGAGUGAAUGGGGCAGCCUGCUUGCCUGAGACAGGAUGGGGUCAAGGGAUGGUGGGCAGGUCCUCCCUCAGGAGUGGGGGGUGUAGGCUGGCCAGCCCCCAGCGCUUGUCCACCAAGCUCCUCCUUCCCCACCACCCCCCAAGGCCCUCAGAGCAGCACCUGUGGGUGUCAGUAUUAGCUGAGCCUAGGCCAAAGCCAGCCCAAGGCUGGGGGAGGGGAUGAGACUCCAGGUCAGAAUGUGAGGUCUUGGUCUGUGAUUUAAGGUGUUGCAUGUGGAAUCUUGAACUGUACAUGUAGUUUCUAGUGGAGAAAUCAAGGCUCUGAUUAUUUUGUUUUCAGUAUGAAAAUGUGAUUUCUUUUCUGUUUGUAACUCAUCAUAGAAACAUUGUGGUGGGAGGAGAGGGGAUAGUCUGACUGCUAAUGAGGGAAACACCAAAGAUCUACAUCAUUAAAAUGAUGACAUGCCCCUCA